ACAAAGGAUUUCGGUGUUCCAUGUAAAGUUCCCAAAACGUUAUCAAGUUACAUAAGAAAGGUUUUAUAAACUUAUAUAAAUUUAUAGAAAAUGUUAUAAAUGUGUGUUAAAAGGUCUAGUAUACUUUUGACAAGCUAAGCAAGGAAGCAAGGUGAGAGAAUACAGAAAGUUUGUGUAAUACAUGAAAUUAGAACAGAAGCACCAGGCUGUAUAUUGAAGGGUAUGAAAAGUAAUUUGCAUAACAUCCAGAAGCCUCAGAGAAGCAACUUGUCGAAUAUCUGGAAGGAACAGCAUUAGUUUGGCACUGAUUGCCAAUAUUGGUAGGGGAGUUAAGCUGAUUGACCAACAGCAUGGGGCCAUUGCAGCUGACAGACCUGCCAUGGGAAGACAUUAUAUACUGCUACAUAUUUCCCCACUUGUCUGCAGCAGACUUAUGGCGGUUUCGUGGAGUCUGCAAGAAAUUUGAAGCCUUGUUCUGUGCCUAUAUGCAGGCUUGCGAGAAACUUGAUUUGACUACAUCAAAAAUGACGGAUGAAGUCUUUCAGAAGAUGACCAAGGAUUGUGCGAACCUGCAGUGGUUAUCCAUGGCCCAGUGCUCAUGGGUGAAUGACGCAUCACUUAUGAAGAUAUUCAGAACGAACCCUCGUCUCAGAUAUGUUAAUCUGAGUGGUUGUAGUUCCCUCUCUGGGGCUUCCUUGCAGGUACUUGUUGUGAACUGCAAGAAACUUCAUACUUUACUCCUUGCAAACUGUCCAUGGUUGACUCAAGGAGGCUGGGAAGUAACAGUAUUCCAUCAGUCCAACCUGCGGUGCUUUAAUGCAUCGGGUUGCUGGGAUGUAAAUGACCAGGUCUUCCAGAAGUUCUUUGCCAAAUUCACAGACCUGCAUGAGCUACACUUGGCUCGUGUAGAACCUGUGACAGACGAGACACUUUGCUUCCUGGCACAUGCAUGCCCUGCUCUGAACUCUCUCAACAUAGCAGGAUGUUGGAGGGUAACUGAUGAAGGAAUAAGUAGGGUGGUUGAAUACUGUCGUAAUCUGCGCGUGCUCAAUGUAAAGGAUUGUCGUGAUGUAACAGAACAGUACCUUUGUAAGCUCUUUGUUCGGGGAAUUUGGGUUAUCUCUGAUUAUUCCCUUGCUCAGAUGGUCAGCAGAAGAAAACGAGUCAACAAUCUUGGCCUCAACAUACAAAUAUAAUUUGUGUGAAUGAAGUGGUUGUAAAUAUGCUUGCAUAUUUAAGGUGUAUACUGUAUAUGUUUUAUAUACAAAUUAUAAAGAGACAAGUAGAUGGAGUGGGAUGGAGAUAUAACCCAACAGUCACAUUUUAUACUCAAAAAGAGAUUUUCUAUAGUUAUGUGUGACUGCUUUGGCUUUUGUAACAGGAAGUUUAUUAGUGCAGGUAUAUUAUAUUGUUUUCCCUUAGGUUGGCCUUCCAACUGUGAAAGCUUAUAGAACCUCUUCUUCUUCUUUUGCUAAGUCAGUUACUGACAGUAAAUUCACUCAGUGUACUACAUUCUCCACAGGAAUGUGCUCAAGAUUUUUUUUCAUUUUUAUUACUAAUAUUAGGGAAAAAUGAAAUGUAAAAUCUCCUAAAAUUAUAAAAGAGAUCAGUUAGGUUCUGUGAUGAUUAGGUACUCAUAGAGCCAGCUUUGUGUAAACAAAAUUGAUGAAGUAAAAUCACAGUGGACUGGACAUUUAUGUAAGUGCCCUUAUGCCAUUAAUGGGUUCAUUUGUGGUAACUUGAAAAUCAUAACAGUUCAUUUUCAUCAGCUUAGUAGUUUGGUGAAAAAUUUGAUUGGUAAAUCUCAUCCUAUGCAACUGAUAUUAAUGCUCUCCAUUUCUGGCAUAUUACUUAUUAUUAUAGUUAUCAUAUAAGGGGUCGUUCACAAUUGUCAACAUUUUCACGAGCGUACAAAACGUACACUUUUUCAGGACCCCCUCCCCCCCUCCCAAAAGUGUACAAAAUAAAAUGUUGAUUUCUCAGAAGAACUAUAUUCAAGAAAUAAUACACUCUACAGUACAAAUAAUAUCGCCAAGCAACUAGUUAAAAAAAAGCCAAAGUAAAACGUGGUAAAACUUGAGCAAAAAAGCCAAAAUCCACCAAAUUGAGAAAUAAAAGAAAUCGACAUUUUUAUGUUUUCAAAAAGCGUACGCGGACCUCAGACCCGCUCCCCCCUAGCGUACGGUUUGUACGCCCAUGAAAAUGUUGACAAUUGUGAACGACCCCUAACAGAUUAUUUAUGCAUUGUUCAUACUCUUCAUACAGUGCUAAGUUUUUAGUGAUGGUUUACAAAAUUUUAUUACUUCCUUUAGUACAAAACCAGAGAAUGAAUGGUAUGUUUUCCUUUCUCUUACUUUUUUUCCUAGUUUUAUCUUUUUUCCUUUGUCUUUGUUUUUUACUCUGAAGUAUAUUAUUCCUGCAAAUAUAGUGUAAUCUAUCAAGUUGUACAAAUGACAUUCAUAUUUUAUAGAUGGGGUUUAGUAGAUAAUGUUUUAGUACAACACUGCUCCUCAGAAUCAGGUUAUCAUACUCAUACUCUUGCAGUACAUUUAUUUACUCAGUAUUAGUCCAAAUAAUUUUCAAAUUUAACCUUUUAAGUGACCAUCUUUUUGUACUUUAUGUAUACAAGUUUAGUCAUUUAUUUCUUCUAACAAUGUUUGUACAGUUCUCAAUAUAGGCCUCUUUUUCUUAAUUGUUAGUCUGAAGUUUUGAUUAUUGCUUUUGUUAUACAUUCCUCUUAUUUAAAAUCUUCUUCCUUUUUCUUUUUUUUUCUUUCAUGCAUUAUUUUUAUUCCGUGAAAUAUCAAUAUGAAGAUUUAUGUACACUGUGAUCAGUACCCACAGGCUUUGUCAAGGGAAAAUGUAUUGAGCUCCUUUUUUAUUUUUUUGUUAUUGUCAUUAUUAUCAUCAUCAUUAUUAUUAUCAUUAUGAUUUUUUAAUGAUUAUUAUUAUUUUCUGUUAACCCAUUCACCCAGAUUUAUGUUCUGUCCCCUGUAGUUUUUGGUGAAUUUUGUUACAUACAGAUGGCUCCACAUGUGCUCAGCCGGCAAGGAGUCUAUCAGUAGGCCCUAGUUACCGACCCUGAUUUUCCCAUUCAUUGAAUUGGUGGGAAAAUUAAGACCAUUGCUAUCGAUACUGUUAUUAUUGUUAUUGGUGUUAUGAUUAUUAAAUUGUCAUUGGAAUAUUUUAGACAAUGAAAUGAUACAAAAAACCCUUUCCUAAAGUGAAGGAAAAUGGUAAACAGGUGAAAUAGGUAGUUCUUGAUAACUGGCUGUUUGGUGAUUAACCCAUUUGCACUGGGUAAAAAUGAACAAAAAAUGGGAAAAUGCUGUGCUCAUUUUUUAUACUUUUUGUGAAAUUUCUCUACACUAGAUGGCUCUGCCUUACCUGAUUUCAUUUGGCGGGAAAAUGUAUUUUUUACUAGUGCUAUGAAUAUUGAUGGUUAUUUUUGUUUAAAACAUUAUAAUUACUAUAAUGUUAUGAACAUUAGUAACAGCAAAAUAAGAUAACGUAAAAUAUUUUUGUAAAUUAAAGAAAAGGGUAAACAGGCGAGACAGGCAGUACAAGUACAAGUGUAGCCAUCUAUGUGAUAAAACAAUCAAACAAGUAAACUCACAGUGGGCAUGUCACGUAUACGUGACACGAAUGGGUUAAGAACUUGUGGAGCCAUCUAUGUGUAAAUACAAUAAAUAAACAUGUAUCAAAGUGGGUAUGGCAUCUAUUCUUGCCACAUGGGGCAAAUGGGUUAACAGACCCAUACUAUUCAGAAACAUGCCAAAGGUAAUUUGAAUGUGACAAGACAAAAUCCUAAAAUGUUAAGUAUUCUGGAUAUAUAUAUAUAUAUAUAUAUAUAUAUAUAUAUAUAUAUAUAUAUAUAUAUAUAUAUAUAUAUAUAUAUCUGUAUAUGCAUAUAUUUCUGAGUGAGUGAGUGAGUGAGUAAGUGAGUAAGAGAGAGAGAGAGAGAGAGAGAGAG